UUUGUAAACUGGGUGACUCCAAGAGGAUACAUUUUUUGAUGCAUGCUUGCCAAGAGUCUUGGCAUCAGCACUACUUACCAUCAUCCAAACUAGGAAUAGAUUGUUUUAUGGUAGAUAAAAUCAUUGUGCUAUGACAACACUGGCUCAAAUCUUUAUCUGCGAAGAGGAAAAACUGCAGAUAGCAAGUUGCACACAUGUGCAGAAAGCAAACCCAACCCUUGCAAAUAAUGCACCCAUAAGUACCGCGUCUGUACCAAAAAAAGAACAAUUUGUCUUUUACACAUGACUAUGCCUGGCUUUAAAAAAAAUGAAAAGAGCUGAUUGGGUAAAAUUAAAAUGUUUUCUUUAUUAGUUUUGAUACAUUCCAGCAAAUACAUCAAAAACGUUAAUGAUACAUUUGAAUGAUGAAUCUUCAUGUGCUGUAUUUAUCAAUAGGCUUUUGAAAUAAGCAUAAAAUUGAGAGCAUUACACUAGUAAGCCAUUAAUCUUGACUUUUGCAUUCUACCUCAUACAUUUAAUGGUAACUUGUAUUUUUUCUUUUUUUGUUCUCAAGCCAUUCACAGCUGUUGAAGAAUUUCAGUAUUUGAACAAUUUGAUGCUCUUUGUAUGCUCCUGCGCUUGUGAUAAAAUAAUUCUUAUCUUAAACGUCAUUACUGAUAACACAAAGGUUAAAUUAAAACAUGAAUAGUAGGCUGCUUUCCCUUAUCCAAACCAGUAACCUGACUGGAAGCUGCUGAUAGGACAUUGAAGGACAGCCCCCAAAGGAGGCAAAGGCAGGGGAUUAAAAAGUUCAAUGCAUUUAAGACAGCCGCACUCAGGCGGAACAGCACCUGACAGCUCAAACAGGUUUGAUAUUGAUUUUUAUCAGCUAACAAUUAAGGAACAUUGACAAUAAUUCUGCAAUUGCACCACAACAUCAGGCCAGUUCAACAUGGACAAAACAAGAGAUGCGCAAGAGGAAGUCAAAUGGAAAAACAAAGUUGAAUACAUGCUGACCUCCAUCGGUUUUGCAGUUGGGAUUGGAAACGUUUGGCGUUUCCCCUUUCUUUGCCAAACAUAUGGAGGAGGAGCUUUCCUCAUCCCUUACUUGUUAGCGUUGGCAUUUGAGGGUCUGCCCCUACUCUACCUGGAGAUGGCAAUUGGACAGAGGCUCCGCAAGGGAAGCAUUGGCGUGUGGAAGACCAUAUCACCCUAUCUGGGUGGAGUUGGUAUUGGCUCUAUGGUUGUAUCCUUCCUGGUGUGCAAUUUCUACAACACCAUCUUAGCCUGGGUCUUCUGGUAUUUCUUCAACUCCUUUCAAAACCCACUGCCAUGGAGCCAGUGUCCACUCAAUGCUAAUCGUACAGGUUUAAAUGAGGAAUGUGUGAUAAGCACACCAGUAAAUUUCUUCUGGUACCGCCAGACCCUGAACAUCACCACUGACAUUAAGAUCAGUGGUUCCCCUCAGUGGUGGUUGGUGGUCUGCCUUGCCUGCGCCUGGUUGACGAUGUAUAUCUGUAUCAUCAAAGGAAUCCAGUCAAUGGGAAAGGCAGUGUAUGUGACAACCACCUUGCCUUAUGUGGUGCUCACCAUUUUUCUGGUCCGCGCUCUCACCCUGCCCGGAGCAACAGAUGGACUGGUUUAUCUCUUUACUCCUGAUUGGGAGAUACUGAAGAACCCUCAAGUGUGGCUUGAUGCCUCAACUCAGAUCUUCUUCUCUCUCUCAGUGGCAUUUGGAGGUCUCAUUGCAAUCUCCAGUUAUGCUAAUGAGAAGAACAACUGCGAAAAGGAUGCAGUCAUUGUGGGAUUAAUAAACAGUGGCACAUCCCUAUAUGGAGCCAUAUCCAUCUUUGCCAUUCUGGGUUUCAAAGCCAACAACGGGUAUAACUCCUGUCUAAACGGAAACAUCUUGACUCUGACAAACCACUUCGAGUAUUCUGACCAGAAUAUAACAAGGGACAACUAUGACCAUUGGGUUGACUAUCUGAAUUCAACAUAUCCAGAUGAGCUCUCCAGCCUGCAAUUGAAACCCUGCAACCUGAAAACAUUCCUUGACCAGAGUGCUUCUGGAACUGGCCUGGCUUUCAUUGUGUUCACUGAAGCAGUACUGGAGAUGCCAGGCUCGCAAUUAUGGGCGGUAUUGUUUUUCCUGAUGCUCUUCAGCUUAGGCCUCUCUUCCAUGUUUGGGAAUGCAGAGGGAGUCCUAAGGCCUUUCAGUGAUCUCAAUCUGGUACCCAAGUCAGUACCGAAAGAACUUAUAACAGGAGCAUUUUGCUUGAUGUCAUUUUUGAUUUCCCUCAUCUUCACCAUGGGGUCUGGGAACUACUGGGUUGAAGUAUUCAACGGCUACGUGGGCUCGGUUCCUCUCCUCAUUAUUGCAUUGUUUGAACUUAUUGGAGUUGUUUAUAUUUAUGGAAUGAAUAGAUUCAGUGAGGACAUCCGAUAUAUGACUGGGAAGAGGCCGAAUCUUUAUUGGAAAAUUUGUUGGACUACUAUCAGUCCUUUAAUGCUUCUGGUAGUGUUGAUUGCGUAUGUGGUCCUCCAAGCCCAGAGACACCCAACAUACCCUGCAUGGAAUCCUGCUUACGAACACUUUCCCAAAACGGAGGACAAGCCCUAUCCAGACUUUGCGUUUGCCGUAAUCGUCCUUCUCUGUACAGUACCUGUGGUUUCCAUCCCACUGGUGGCUAUCUACAAAGGAAUCCAAAAGGCCAAGUGGACGUCUUCUACAAAGGAAGGGCUAAACCCAUACGGCAAUGACGGCUUUGAGCCUGAAGCGCAGUAACCUCUGCAGUUGUUAUCAUGAACUAUGUUUCCAUUCCUGAAAAGGAACAUUGUUGAUAGCUAGCAUUUGCUUUCUUUCAUGUUCAUACUUUGAUUUUUUGUAAUGACCUAACACAACAUAUUGUUGUCUGUUGGGUAUGAAUAGAGUAGUUUGUACUUGUAGUUGUGGAAUUUUGGCACCAUGACAGAAGAUCUUAGGGUAUUGAUGUUUCAGUCAGUUAAAGAAGGGAGCAAAUUCAUUACCACAUGGUGAAUGAAGGCCUGCCAUCAUUAAUGCAAUAUUUUAAUGUUUUUUACCCUGCACAAUGACAGUAAAUAUUAAACUUACUGGAAUUGCUUUCUUUGAAAUCUGAAUGGAAACAAACACAAAGCAUAAAUUGAAGUCCAGAAGUGCAAGACAAUAGCUGAAACAGCAUUGUUGGAGUUUUGUAUUGUGAUCUUUAUCUGGUAAAUGGUGGGAUUGUGGACUAUGUAAAAAGACGGUGAGUCAUUGUUUAAUACAAAGGUAAAAGCCGUUUUCUCUCUCACCGCACUAAAUGAUGUUACAAAUUGUUAUUUUAACCCUGAAUAGUUCUGAUGGAAAAAUUUACAUCCAAACCUGUCAGCUGCUGAUGUUUGUUUAUUUACAGUGAGAUUUUAUAGAGGUCAGUUGACACUCUUUAAGUUUGAAUGGUCAAGAAGUCCGUAGGGGUCCUGGGAUUGGCUGCCUGCCUCACCCUGGCCAGUGGCAAAUCUCCCAGACGGCGCUCCAGACUACGCUUCCCUGAAAAGAACAUUUUUCUUUAUUUUUAAAGAACUGCUGAGUAUGCAUUUCCUGAAGGCACUUACGUUUUUGCAGAUGGGGAAGCAUCCCCUUGUAGAGUGACCGAUGUUGCGACAACACCAGCAGAAAGGAAAGGCAGAAAAGCAACUCCACUGCUUCAUCUGGCAAAAUGCCAGCCAAGGCUUUAUAACCUAACAAUUCGAGGCAGAGGCGCAGAGGUCACACAUAAAGUUUUAAUUUUCUUAUGAACUUCAAAUGGACCCAAAUAUUUCAAGUGUAUCCAAGUGGAAAACCUUUGUUGCAACGCUUCAGGAGCUGAUUGGUAUACUGAGCCAUGUCCCAUAUCAUCCGCAGAAAGUUGACAGGGUUCUUUGCAACCUUUUGGCCAAAGGGUAAUCCCUGAGCACACACAUGGAAUCUAAAAAUAGCCCAAAAGGGAAAUAAAAAUGUUUACAUAACGUGAUGGCAAUGGCAAUUCAAUUAGUUUUCUCCUUGUGUAGGUAGUGAUUAACCAGCCUUUUAUUAAAUCAAGGCAAGUAAAGGGGGGCGGGGGGUGUCUGGAAGUGGUAGUCUGGGAUAAGUCUUCACCUGAAAGCAUGGAGUAGCACCAACUCAUAGAUGUUCUUGUAGACUGUUGCCACAGAGUUUAUCUGCGCAGAAUAGAGUCAUUUCAUGUUAUUAGCCUACACAAAAAUACAACUUGCACAGAAGUUAAAUAAAGAAUGCUGUGAAUUUAAAUGAGUUAAUCCAUUAGGGCAGUUUGGAAGAAUUGUAUUUAAGGGAACCUCGUACUUAACUCAUUCACUCCCAGCCAUUUUCACCGUAACAAGGCCCUUCGCUCCCGGCGGUUUUACUGGAUUUUGACUGAUUUUGCAAGGCCCACAGAAAAUUCUGUUCUAUUGCUAUAUAAACAUGGAACCCAUCAAAAGAAAGAUUAGACUCUUCUUUCAGCAGAUAAAAAAGUAAAUUCAUAUCUUUUUCCAUUCUUUAGAAAUCAGCAUUAGAAAAUAGCUUAGUUUGAGCAAUUUUCCCAUUUCUGAUGACAAAACGGAGAAAAUGAGCUUUUUGUAAACGCAUACAUUUCAAGCAUAACUUUGACUUUAACACAGUUAUUUUUUGCUUCAGUUACAUCCCAAACAUCUGAAUGUUUUCUUUUUACAAAUAUGAAAAUAACAAACAACCAGACAAAUAGAGCUUUUGAUAGCAAUGUAACAAUUUAUUUACACGUAACCAACUGAGAUAUGACCCCGUGGUGGCUGCGACAGCGGGUUAAACUUUUCGCUGAUCGCCGCCCGUCUAGUAAAGAUGGAUUUUUUCUUUAGUCUUUC